AGCACAGGGGUGGAGUUUGGAGGCUUGGGAAGCCUUUAAGGUGGAAGAAGGGAUCCUUGCAAUGAAGGCAUUCUAGGGAGGAGAGGCAGUUGGAGUACCUGAGUCCUGGCCCUGGGUGUGAUUGGAGGAAAGGGCUCAACCCUCCUGAGGGCCUCAGGGGCUGGAUAGGGCGGUGCUCUUGGGACUAGGAGGAAUCUUCCGGAGUGGGCUUAUGGGAAACCGGAAGUGUUUGAGCUGAGAUUGCUCUGCCUUCCAGAAGCCAGCUCUGUGCUUGCAGAUCCCAGGAUUGAGAGAGAAUGGCCUCUGGGAGCAGCAGACCCCUGGCCCAGGAGUUGGUGACAUUCAAGGAUGUGUGUGUGAACUUCACCCAGGAGGAGUGGGGCCUCUUGGACCAUCCUCAGAAGGAGUUGUACAAGGAGGUCAUGAUGGAGAAUGCCUGGAACCUGUUCUCCCUGGGGCUUCCUGUUCCCAGAGAAGAUGUGAUCUCUUCUUGUGAGCAAAGGGAAGCACCAUGGAUGCUGGAGCAAGAAGGCCUGAGGCGCUGCUGUUCAGGAGAGCUCAGACUUGAAAUAAAAGAGACUCCUGCAGGGAUAAGCCUUUCUGUGGAAGAAACUCACCAGCAAAGAUGCAUGAACAAUGAGCCCUCUGACUUUGCUUGGAGAGAAAUCUGUGCUGAACAUCAGAGAAUCCACAGUGGGGAGAAUCCUUUUGAAUGCAAUCAGUGUGGAAAGAUUUUUAGAUACAGAUCCUAUCUCGCUGACCAUCAGAGAAUCCACACUGGGGAAAAACCUUAUGAAUGUAAUCAGUGUGGAAAGACUUUCUCAUGGAGGUCCUAUCUUGCUGACCAUCAGAGAAUCCACACUGGGGAAAAACCUUAUGAAUGUAAUCAGUGUGGAAAGACUUUCUCAUGGAGGUCCUGUCUUACUGACCAUCAGAGAAUCCACACUGGAGAGAAACCUUAUGAAUGUAAUCAGUGUGGAAAAACUUUCACAUGUAGGUCUUAUCUUGUUAACCAUCAAAGAAUCCACACUGGAGAGAAACCUUAUGAAUGUAAUCAGUGUGGAAAGACAUUCAGAACCAAGUACCCUCUUGCUGCACACCAGAGAAUCCACACUGGAGAGAAACCUUAUGAAUGUAAUCACUGUGAAAAGACUUUCACACAUAGGUCCUGUCUUGUUGACCAUCAGAGAAUCCACACUGGAGAGAAACCUUUUGAAUGUAAUCAAUGUGGAAAGACAUUCAGAAAAAAAUACACUCUCGCUGUACAUCAGAAUAUCCACACUGGAGAGAAACCUUUUCAAUGUAAUCAGUGUAGAAAGACUUUCAUGGGGAGGUUUCAACUUGAUGAACAUCAGAAAAUUCAUACUGGAGAGCAACCUUUUGAAUGUAAUCAAUGUGAAAAGACAUUCAGAACUAGAUAUGCUCUUGCUGUACAUAAGAAAAUCCACACUGGAGAGAAACCUUAUGAAUGUAAUCAGUGUGGAAAGACUUUCAUAUGGAAGUCCUAUCUUGUUACACAUCAGAAAAACCACACUGGGGAGAAACCUUAUGAAUGUAAUCACUGUGGUAAAGCCUUCAAUUUAAAGUCAGCCCUCGUUUCUCAUCAGAGAAUUCAUAGGGGAUAGGAAUCUUAUAAGUGACAUGAAUGAGGAAGGGCCUUGAAAUGGAGUAAAGAGCUUCUUACACAGCAGAAAGUGUACUCUGGGUACAAGCCAUCUAUGGACUUGGUGUGAGAAGGCCUUCAGCCAGAGAUCAUCUCUUAUCUUCUCAUCAGAUGAUUCAUACUGGAAAGAAACCUUAUGAAUGAGUUCAUUGGAGUCAUGCUUUUUUUUUUUUAUCUGGAACAUUGAGGUUGCUGGCGAAGGUUACAUUUUUUGUCUGUAACAGAAUGGUGAAAUAAAGGCAAAUAAUGCAUACCAACCUUACAGUUGGCAAAACAUAAAAAAGGAGGCAACAGGGUCUUGAGCUGCAGGAUUAUGUGAAAGAACCCAUCUGGAUGUUCUCAGAAAUAGAAUGUUUUCAGAAUGAGGAAAAGGAUUUGUCAACUGGGGAACAAUGUUUGGUGAAGGGAAGACAUCAGCAUUAUUUGACCAAGAGUAUAAAAAUUGGGGUUAUUUAGAGGAAUUUUGUGGUCUCCCACAGGCCACCUACAUGUGUGUAUCAACCUACAUUCAGGCAAUAUGCAUAUGAAAAUCAAGAAACCUCAUUAACCUGAGCUGGUUUCUACCUCCUGAUUUUUGUGCCUCAUCAAUCAUGGUGCUGAUGAAGGGAUUCCCAUGAAGGCCUUGAGGUAGAGCAGAACCAUCGUGGAAAAAAAAAAAGCAGCCACUAGUAGGCAGGUAGGAGGCCCUGUGAUUUCUAUCUAAAUGGCCUCCCAUGUUUACUUCUCCUCCAGCCUCGAAGGGGGAAUCUAAAAAAUAAAAUUUCAUAUAAGGUACAUCUUGGCUGAUUGUCACAGUCAAAGAGACCUUCAGGGACUCCUAGAGGAGGUGAUUUUGUGUCUUGGUAAAUCCAAAGUGACCUUUUUGUUUGGCCUGAUCAGUCAAAAGAAAAAAGACUACAGAAAAUAAAAACUUUUCUAUGGAACUUUGAAAAUCUUUAAAAGGUUGUGUCCCUCUUGUAUUGCAUAUCAACAGUUUCAUAUUACAAACCCAGGGCAAAAGGAAGAGGGGAAGGGAGAAUUUGUAACUCAAAAUAAAAAAAAAAUGAUAAAAUUGUUUUCACAUGUAAUUGGAAAAUAAAAUAUUAAAAUUAUCACAGAAAAAGUACAGCGCUCAAUAUGCCAGCAAACUUGGAAAACUCAAAAGUGGCCACUAGAUUGGAAAAGAUCAGUUGGUGUCUCAAUCCUAAAGAAGGGCAACAUAAAGGAAUGUUCAGAUCACCCAACAAUUGCACUCAUUUCACAUGCUACCAAAAUUAUUCUUAAGAUUUUACAAGCUAGGUUUCAGUAAUAUGUGAACCAAGAAUUACCAGAAGAAUUCUUAAGCUGGUUUUUGCAGAGGUAGAGGAACUGGAGACCAAAUUGCGAACAAUUACUAGAUUGUGGAGAAAGCAAGAGAGUUCCAGAAAAACAUCUACUGCUUCAUUGGCUGCACUAAAGGCCUUUGAAUGUGUGCAUUUCAACAAAAUAUGGUAAGACCUCCUAGAAAUGGGAGUUACAGAUCAUCUUACUGCCUCCUGUGGAGCCGUAUGCAGGUCAAGGAACAACAGAACCAAACAUGGAACAACUGAUUGAUUUCUGUUUUCAGAUUGUAAAAGGAAUAUGACGAAACUGUGUAUUGUCACAAUAUUUAUUUAUUUAACUUAUAUGCAGAGUAUAUCAUGUGAAAUGCCAGGUUGGAUGAAUCAAAAACUAGAAUUAAGGUUGCUGGGAGAAAUAACAAUCUCAGAUAUGGAGACAACACCACUUUGAUGGCAGAAGUGAAGAGGAAUUAAGGAGCCUCUUGAUGAUGAUGAAACGGAGAAUAUAAAAGUUGACUUGAAGAUCAACAUUAAAAAAAACACACAACCCUAAGAUUUUGGCAACUUCCCAUCACUUCCUGACAAGUAGAGGCAGAAGAAAUGGAAGCAGUGUCAGACUUUAUAUUUGUAGGCUCGAAGAUCACUGCAGAUGGUGACUGCAGCCAUAACAUUAAAAGACACUUGGUCCUUUGAAAGAAAGCUAUGGCAAACCUGGACAGCAGACUAAAAAGCAGAGACAUCACCUCACUGAAAAAGAUUUGUAUAGUCAAAGCUAUAUAUCUUUUUUCCAGUAGCAAUGUAUGGCUCUGUAAGUUGGAAUAUAAGGAAAGCUAAGCCCUGUAGAAGCAAUGCUUUUGAAUGGUGGUGCUAGAGAAGAAUUUUGGACCAUUGGACUGCAAAGAGAUCAAGUCAGUUAAUAUUUACAUUAAUUCAUUGGAAGGACAAAUACUAAAGUUGAAGCUGACAUACAUAAAGACCUUGAUGUUGGGAAAGAUUGAAGGCAAAAGGAGAAAGACACAGUGGAGUAUGGGAUGGAGAGUGUCAUGGAAGCAAUGAGCAUGAGUUCAGACAGACUUGGACAGGGAGUGCAGGAGAGAAGGUGUUGUGCUGCAUGGGGUCACAAAGAGUCAGAUGCGUCUGAAUGACAACAACAAAAAAUAAUUUUAUCCUUCUCUAGAAAUUAUUUUUCAAUUCCAACAGAAGAAAUAUUAGAAUAAAAAUGGUACUAU